GGGACGCGUGUGCAGUGCCAGCUGUGCGUUAGUAGGUUACUAACUGCUCUAUUUCUCUCUCUCACUCACUCUUUCAACCGGUCAUCUCUAUCUUCUUCCUUUACUUCCUUCCUUCUUAAUAUAUAAAUUCCGCCUCUUCACUCUAUUUCUCUCAUUACUAAGCCCCCCAUAUCCAACCGCCUUCCCCCUCCUUCCUCUGUAUAUAUUUAUACACACACACACACACACACACACACACUUGUAUCUAUCUCUGCACCAGUAAAGGAAGACGACUCUCUGGAUCUGGUUUUUGUUUAAUCUUGCUUCUUUUCUUUAAUGGCGUCCACGGACCAGAAGAAGGAAACCGAUCGGAUCAAGGGGCCCUGGAGUCCCGAGGAGGAUGACCUCUUGCAGAGGCUGGUUGAGAAGCACGGCCCCAGAAACUGGUCUUUGAUAAGCAAAUCCAUUCCCGGUCGCUCCGGCAAAUCCUGCCGACUCCGCUGGUGCAACCAGCUUUCGCCCCAGGUGGAGCACCGAGCUUUUACGCCCGAAGAAGACGACACCAUUAUUAAGGCCCAUGCUAAGUUUGGGAAUAAGUGGGCCACCAUAGCCCGCUUGCUGUCCGGCCGGACAGACAACGCCAUCAAGAAUCAUUGGAACUCCACCCUCAAGCGCAAGUGCUUGUCCAUGUCCGAGGAGUUCAGUAACUUCGAUCCUGAAGCUCACCCGCCGCUCAAAAGAUCCGCCAGCGUGGGCCCGGGUACCAAUAUCUCUGUUUCGGGCUUUUGCUUCAACCCUGGUAGUCCUUCCGAGUCCGCCAUGAGUGACUCGAGCCAGUCUGGCCAGCAUGUUUACCGGCCAGUUGCUAGAACCUGCGGCAUCUCCCCGCAAGACGUACAGCCUGACCCCGUUACAUCGCUCAGCCUUUCCUUGCCCGGUACGGAACCGAAUCAGAAGACAGCUACAGAACCGCACUUUAAGCCCACAUCUACCCCCAAUCCGGAACUUACAAUGGAGCCAACUCUAAAACCCGAAUCCAUCCAACCCAACCACCCCACCCAGAUUAUCCAAUCGCACCCACCGCCACCGUAUGUGGCCAUGCCACCACCGCUGCCAACUCAGCAUUUUAACCCAGCAGCGACACAAGGGGUGCCGGAGAAGCAGUUCUUCAGCGCAGAGUUUCUGGCUGUGAUGCAAGAAAUGGUGAGGAAGGAGGUGUGGAAUUACAUGGCUGGAAUUGAACAAAACGGCUUCUGCAUGCAGAGUGAGGCCAUCAGGGAUGCCGUCGUCAAGCGAAUCGGGAUAAGCAAGAUUGAUUGAUUAUGAGUAACUAGUGAGUGAAUGAAUGAGGCGGCGUCGAUCAAAUCAAAUCAUGGGAAAAAUGCUUACUGGGUGGAAAACAGAGAGAUGGUUUGGGGCUCUUUUGUUAAUUUCUAGUUCCAAUCUUUGGUUCCGUAGGAAUAAUUUUGGGAUAGUGUACAGAUGGGGGAGGCGGAGGCGGACGAGGAUGAGGAAUAGCAGCAGCUAUAUCUGCAGCCAAGAAAUUUAAUGUCAAAUAGAAAAAGCAAUGGAGAGAUGAUGAACUUCUACUGCUUAGGCAAUUCAUUAAUUAAUUAACUACCUUUUUGUUCUCUAGAAA